ACCUUCAUACUCGUUUCCCUUUAAAUUAUAUAAAUAUUUUCCUCUUAUCUCAUCACUAACAUAUACUUUUGUUACAUAUAUAUACCUCUAAUUCAGUUUUGGAGCAACCUAGUUGAAGAUGCCAUGGGCAACCUCUUUGGAAAAAGUAAAAAGCAUAGCAGUCAUAGUUCAAGCCAUGAUAAAGGAAGAGGUGGAAGAAUCUUCACUAACGUGACCACAAGAGGUUUACCACCCAAUUUUCCAUCGCAAAUAUCUUCUUCGUUGCCACCACCACCAAUAUUAUAUCCAUCUCUCGAACCACCUUCUUCGACGGCACCACCACCACCACCACCGGUGCGAUCACAAUCCAUUUCUAAGAAACCAAGUUUUGUGAGAGUUGACUCUAAACAAAGCUCUUCAGUCAUGGACAAGAAGCAAUCUGCAGCAAAAAAGUAUGCUCUUAUCCGUGACAACUUCUCUACCCUUGAACAGGUGACAACAGCCUUGAGGAAAGAAGGAUUAGAAUCCUCAAAUCUCAUCCUUGGAAUUGAUUUUACAAAGAGUAAUGAAUGGACUGGCAGAAUCUCAUUCAAUAAAAGAAGCCUGCAUGCUAUUGGAACUACACCUAAUCCUUAUGAGAAGGCCAUCUCUAUUAUUGGCAAGACUUUGGCUCCCUUUGAUGAUGACAACUUGAUUCCAUGCUUUGGCUUUGGUGAUGCUACCACCCAUGAUCAAGAAGUGUUUAGCUUUCACACUGAUCAUUCACCUUGCCAUGGCUUUGAGGAAGUCUUGGCUUGCUACCAGAAAAUAGUUCCCAACUUGAAACUUUCAGGACCAACUUCUUAUGCUCCUGUGAUUGAAGCUGCCAUAGACAUAGUUGAGAAAAGUCGUGGCCAAUUCCAUGUGUUGGUUAUAGUUGCUGAUGGCCAGGUUACAAGAAGUGUUAACACUGGAGAUGGAGAACUAAGUCCUCAGGAAGAGAAGACAAUUAAAGCAAUUGUUGAUGCAAGUGCAUAUCCUCUUGCAAUAAUUCUUGUUGGAGUUGGUGAUGGGCCUUGGGAAGACAUGAGAAAGUUUGAUGACAGGAUACCUGCACGCGAUUAUGACAAUUUCCAGUUUGUUAAUUUCACUGAAAUAAUGUCGAGAAACAUAAGCCCCUCGGAGAAAGAAGCAGCUUUUGCUCUGGCUGCUCUCAUGGAGAUUCCCUUCCAAUAUAAAGCAACCAUGGAAUUUGGAAUACUCGGACGUGUGACAGGAAGAGCAAAGAGAAUAGUUCCAAAAGCUCCUCCUCUACCCUAUUCAAGACCUGCACCCUCACUAGCUCGUCUUCCAACCAAUGCACCACCUUCCUCCAUUGAUGACCACAACCAAUCGGUUUGCCCUGUUUGUUUGACCAAUCCAAGAGACUUGGCCUUUGGGUGUGGCCACAUGACUUGCAGGGAUUGUGGAUACAAGUUAACGAAUUGUCCCAUGUGUCGAGAGAGGAUCACUACUCGUCUCAGGGUGUACAGUGGAUGAUUGUAAUUAAUAAAAAUGAAGCACAUUAAUUACAUAGUUUGCAUGGUGUGGAUAAGAGUCUAAAAAUUAACAUAUGCUUUGUAUGAAGAGUACUGAAAGGUGGAGUAUGAAUUGGCCACUUUCUCUGUAUAUGUAUUACGUUAAUUGUAUUUUUCUCUAGGGAUAAA